AUGGCCAGAGAUUCACUUCUCUUCAAAGUAAAUCAAAUUCACCAAACAAGACAAAUAUUAGAAAAAAAUCAACACUGGAAACAAGCUAUUAUUGAAUUUGAAGAAGCAAUUGAAUGUGAAUUACCUCAAAUUGAAACACAAUGGACUUUUUGGAUGUCAAUUCUUUAUUGUGCUACAAUAUAUACAACAGGUUAUGGCAACAUUGCGUGUAUUACUUUUUCUGGACGUAUUGUUACUAUUAUUUAUGCAAUAUGUGGAAUUCCAAUGAUGAUUGUUGUACUUGACCAACUCGGAACUUUUCUGCUUAAAUUUAUGAAACAAAUGAGUAAUUUUAUUGAUGAUUUAAUCUUCUUUUUAGGUUAG